AUGGCCUCGAGCUCAGCUGAUCGCUUAUUUACGGAAAGCGCCGCUGCGCGGCCUGAAAGGUUGGCUUCAGCGGCUUCAACCAUGUCCUCACGCCGCGCCAGGCUUUCAGUUGAAGAACGUUCACUUCAGAAUUCACAGGACGCAGUCCCCGUGGCUAGGUUGAGGGCUUCACAGUCCCCAGCGCAUAAAACCCUUCGUCGUUUGCGGGAUGCCACCGCCAAAGCUUGCUUCAGGGGAAUACUAGGGCUACAGCCGCCUCUAGAGUUUCGGAACAACGUCCAAGAAACCGCUCAUCGUUGCUUUAGAAAUGCCUGCUCCACCGCGUCUGCCAGAUCCUUAGAAAACCCUACCCAGACCACUGUUCGUCGCGUUAGAAAUGCCCGCUCUACUGCAUCUGCUAGAGCCCUAGAAAGCCCUGCACACACCACUGUUUGUCGCGUUAGAAAUGCCCGCUCUACUGCGAGAGACGUAGAAAUAGGGGCCAUGGAUAAAGUUUGCCCUUUUUGCAACGCAAAAAGUUUGGCCGGUGAACAACUUUGUUGCUCUGGGGGCAAAAUCAAACUCCCUUCUUUUGACAAACCUCCUCAGCCGCUUAGGGACCUCCUUCUGUGUACAACUUUGGAGUCAACGCAUUUUCUUGAACCAAUACGGAAGUACAACUGUUUCUUCCAGAUGACGUCUUUUGGUGAGAAGGCUAUUAGUGUGGGGGGAUGGAUGCCUACUUUCAAAGUGCAAGGCCAGGUUUACCACUUAAUGAGAUCACUUUUGGUUGAUCAGAGAGAGCCACCUCAAUUCCUACAAAUUUACUUUCUCACUGACUACAACGAGAAGGUUGAUGCGCGUCUCGGCAUUCUGCCUAGCGAUAUUUCCGUCGGUCCCCGUAGAGACAUUCUGUUCCGUCUACAAGACAUGCUUCACGAAAGUAACAGUUACAUCCGAAGAUUAAACGUUGUCAUCGAUGCAGACAGACGGCUUCACGGUGAGCAUGAGCGUCGCUUCAAUGCUCCUGCAUGUAAUGAAGUCGCCGCAGUCAUCCACGGUGAGGAGCAUAACAGCCGUGACAUUGUCAUAAGGUACCGGGGAGAGUGCCAGUCUUAUAGAGAGGCAGGCUUCCGUUUGGGAUUGCUUGAAGACUACUCCCAAUGGGAUGCAGCCAUGGCGGAGGGUGAACUCCUCAGAACGCCAUUACGGCUUCGAACGCUGUUCGCCAUUUUGCUUUUGCGAUGCGAACUAAGCGACCCUCUGUUGCUCUGGCUAAAGUACAGAAAAUCCAAGUCAGAAGAUGUGCUGUUCUUCGUUCAGCGUAACAGCCCAGGAGUUGAAUGCGGUAUUCAACAGAGCGCUGGUGGCCCUAGAAGAUGUUGUUUUCGAACUGGGAGGUGCCUCUUUACCAACUUACGGUUUACCACCACCGCUCAGAGAUGGUUUUGA